UGAAGCUGAUAAAAUGGAUCACAUCUAUGGCAACGUUGAUUUUGAGCUCUCCAAAACACCUGGAAAUAAACGAUGUCAUUGUUCAACAGCCAGCCGGUCAGUCAGAGAGAGAAACCCCACAACCUCUAAAGACUCUCUGAAGUUCCUCCUGGCUGCUCUCGGCCUCCUUCUGCUCUGUGCUUUGGUGGCGCUCUGUGUUCUGGGGAUCCUGUAUCACAAUAAAGGCGCCUCCUAUGAAGCAUUAAGUGAGCAGUACAGCAGUGCUGUAGAGAGACUGUCAGAGCAGGAGUGCAAUGCUCGCGAAACAGAAAGAAAGUACGAGGCACUGAAGGUGAAGUACAGCACGGCUCAUGAAGUCAUCUCUAACUGUAGUGAGUGUCAGAAGUGUGCACUGUGUGGAGAAGGAUGGAGGCUUUUUGGUGUGAAGUGCUACAACUUCUCUACUGAUAAACUGAACUGGACCAUGAGCAGAGAUUACUGUGCUGAGAAAGGAGGUCAUCUGGUUAUAAUAACCAGCCAAGCUGAGCAGGAUUUUGUUUCUUCAGGUGUUCAUGACAAUUAUUGGAUUGGGCUGAAUGACUUGGAGACUGAGGGAAAGUGGAUGUGGGUCAACAACCAGACCCUGACUGAGACGGGAGUGACUUUCUGGUAUGAGAGGCAUGGCCAACCUAAUGAGCCUGAUAACUGGACAGAAGAGGACCCUUCGGGAGAGAACUGUGCCAAGCUAGAUUACUCAGAUAAAUGGUUUGAUGCUUCCUGCCGUGAACGGAAAAAAUUCAUCUGAGACCCUGGGCUACACAGAUAGGCCAUUGUUUGACAUGCAAAUGCCUACAGAAAUGUGAUAUGUUCAUAACUUUAGCUAAUUUCAAAUUUUUGUAUUUUUUUUAAUUAUAGAGCUCAGUUAUAGUUAUCUUUUCUGAAAUUGUUAGUUUGG